AUGAGGCAGAUAAAGUUGUACACCAAGCAUGGGACUUUGAAAUACCAGACAGACUGCGCCCCUAACAACGGCUAUUUUAUGAUACCCUUGUAUGAUAAGGGGGAUUUCAUUCUGAAGAUUGAGCCUCCCCUGGGGUGGAGUUUCGAGCCCACGAGUGUAGAGUUGUACGUGGAUGGUGUGAGUGACAUCUGCACCAAGGGUGGCGACAUCAACUUUGUGUUCACCGGCUUCUCUGUGAAUGGAAAGGUCCUCAGCAGAGGGCAGCCCCUGGGCCCUGCAGGGGUUCAGGUAUCCCUGAGGGGCACGGGCACCGAGGGGAAGAUCCAGUCCACCGUCACGCAGCCUGGUGGAAAGUUUGCAUUUUUUAAAGUUCUUCCUGGUGAUUACGAAAUCCUCGCGACUCAUCCGACUUGGGCAUUGAAAGAGGCGAGCACCACAGUGCGUGUAACCAACUCCAAUGCCAACGCUGCCGGGCCCCUCAUAGUCGCUGGCUACAAUGUGUCUGGCUCCGUGCGGAGCGAUGGCGAGCCCAUGAAAGGGGUGAAGUUUCUUCUCUUUUCUUCUUCAGUGACCAAAGAGGAUGUCCUGGGCUGCAAUGUGUCUCCAGUACCUGGGUUCCAGCCCCAAGAUGAGAGCCUGGUGUAUCUCUGCUAUGCAGUCUCGAAAGAAGAUGGCUCCUUCUCCUUCUAUUCCCUGCCCAGUGGGGGUUACGCCGUGGUUCCCUUCUACAGAGGUGAGAGGAUCACCUUUGAUGUGGCCCCUUCCAGGCUUGACUUCACAGUGGAGCACGACAGCCUGAGGAUCGAGCCUGUGUUCCAUGUCAUGGGAUUCUCUGUCACUGGGAGGGUCCUGAAUGGACCAGAAGGAGAAGGCGUCCCAGAGGCCGUGGUUACUCUGAACAACCAGAUCAAAGUCAGAACAAAGGCCGAUGGCUCUUUCCGCCUGGAGAACAUAACGACGGGGACGUACACCAUCCAUGCCCAGAAGGAGCAUCUGCACUUCGAGACCAUCACCAUCAAAAUUGCCCCCAACACCCCGCAGCUGGCCGACAUCAUCGCCACAGGGUUCAGUGUCUGCGGCCACAUAACAAUUGCGCGCUUCCCCGAUGCCGUCAAGCAGAUGAGUAAAUACAAGGUGGUGCUGUCGCCCCAGGACAAGGACAAGGCGCUGGUCACUGCGGAGGCGGAUGCUCACGGCUCAUUUUGCUUUAAAGCAAAACCAGGGGCUUACAAAGUCCAGGUGGUGGUGCCCGAGGCUGAGACCAGAGCCGGGCUGAUGCUGAAGCCCCAGAUGUUUCCUCUCACGGUGACCGACAGGCCCGUGAUGGACGUGGCCUUCGUGCAGUUUCUGGCGUCUGUUUCUGGGAAAGUCUCUUGUUUGGACACCUGUGGCGACCUGCUGGUGACGCUGCAGUCCUUGAGCCGCCAGGGCGAGAAGCGGAGCCUGCAGCUCUCGGGCAAGGUCAAUUCCAUGACUUUCACGUUUGACAACGUCCUGCCAGGGAAAUACAAAGCCAGCAUAAUGCACGAGGACUGGUGCUGGAAGAACAAGAGCCUGGAGGUGGAGGUUCUGGAGGACGACGUGUUGGCUGUGGAGUUUCGGCAGACGGGCUACAUGCUGAGAUGCUCCCUGUCUCACGCCAUCACACUGGAGUUUUAUCAGGAUGGAAAUGGACCUGAGAACGUGGGGAUUUACAACCUCUCCAAAGGAGUGAACCGCUUCUGCCUGUCCAAGCCCGGUGUGUACAAAGUGACCCCUCGUUCCUGCCACCGUUUUGAGCAGGCCUUCUACACCUACGACACGUCUUCACCCAGCAUCUUGACGUUGACAGCCAUUCGCCACCAUGUCCUAGGGACGAUCACCACGGACAAGAUGAUGGAUGUCACCGUGACUAUCAAGUCUUCCAUCGACAGCGAGCCGGCCUUGGUCUUGGGCCCUCUGAAGUCUGCGCAGGAGCUGCGCCGAGAACAGCAGCUGGCAGAGAUCGAGACCCGUAGGCAGGAGAGGGAGAAGAAUGGCAAAGAGGAAGGCGAGGAGGGAAGGGCCAAGCCCCCCGGCCAGGAGAUGGUGGAUGAGUUACAAGGUCCCUUCUCUUACGACUUCUCUUAUUGGGCCCGGUCCGGAGAGAAAAUCACAGUUACGCCCUCAUCUAAAGAGCUGCUCUUCUACCCUCCCUCCAUGGAAGCCACCGUCAGUGGAGAAAGCUGCCCCGGGAAGCUGAUUGAGAUCCACGGGAAGGCAGGCUUGUUCCUGGAGGGCCAGAUCCACCCGGAGCUGGAAGGAGUAGAGAUCGUCAUCAGUGAGAAGGGGGCCAGUUCACCCCUGAUCACAGUCUUCACUGAUGACAAAGGGGCCUACAGUGUUGGGCCGCUGCACAGUGACCUGGAGUACACCGUGACCUCCCAGAAGGAGGGCUAUGUCUUAACUGCGGUGGAUGGAACUGUCGGGGACUUCAAGGCUUUUGCCUUGGCAGGCGUGAGCUUCGAGAUAAAGGCUGAAGAUGACCAGCCCCUCCCUGGGGUUCUCCUGUCCCUCAGUGGUGGCGUGUUCCGCUCCAACCUCCUGACGCAGGACAAUGGCAUCCUGACUUUCUCAAACCUGAGCCCGGGCCAGUACUACUUCAAACCCAUGAUGAAGGAGUUCCGCUUUGAGCCCUCCUCGCAGAUGAUCGAGGUGCAGGAGGGACAGAGCCUGCGGAUCACCAUCACUGGGUACCGAACGGCCUACAGCUGCUAUGGCACUGUGUCAUCUUUAAACGGAGAGCCAGAGCAGGGCGUGGCUGUGGAAGCCGUGGGACAGAAGGACUGCAGCAUCUACGGGGAAGACACCAUGACCGAUGAGGAGGGCAAGUUCAGGUUACGUGGCCUCCUGCCGGGGUGUGUGUACCACGUGCAGCUCAAGGCGGAAGGCAACGACCACAUCGAGCGGGCGCUGCCCCACCACCGCGUUGUCGAGGUCGGGAACAAUGACAUCGAUGACGUCAACAUCAUCGUCUUCCGGCAGAUCAACCAGUUUGACUUGAGUGGAAAUGUGAUCACCCCCUCUGAGUAUCUGCCUACGCUAUGGGUGAAGCUGUACAAAAGCGAGAACCUGGACAACCCCAUCCAGACAGUGUCGCUCGGCCAGUCUCUCUUCUUCCACUUCCCGCCGCUGCUCAGAGAUGGGGAGAAUUACGUUGUGCUUCUGGACUCCACGCUCCCCCGGUCCCAGUACGACUAUGUCCUGCCUCAAGUGUCUUUCACGGCCGUGGGCUAUCAUAAGCACAUCACCCUGAUUUUUAAUCCCACGAGGAAGCUGCCGGAGCAGGAUGUUGCACAAGGAUCAUAUAUUGCCCUGCCACUGACGCUGCUGGUUUUGCUGGCCGGUUACAACCACGAUAAGCUCAUCCCCUUGCUGCUGCAGCUGAGCAGUCGGCUGCAGGGCGUCCGAGCCCUGGGCCAGACAGCCUCAGACAGCAGUGGCCUGGAGGACGUAAAGAGACAGGCCAAGAAACAGAAGACCAGGCGCACGUGAGGAGAAGAAGCCCAUGUAGCCUGAGUCCUGCCCACGUCCCUUCUGUGACCCUGUCCCUCCUGUGGCCCCUUGUCCCUCCUGUCCCCUGUGUCCCUUCUGUGGACACGGUGACCGGAAAACACCCUUUCCUUGUGUGGCUCCCGUGGUGCAAUGCAAUGAAUGGACCCUCCUGUCACUCUGCUGAGCACAAUUUAUUUUCUGAGUUGAAGAUAAUUUAUUAUUAUUAUUUUUGUCAGAGAAGUAUUUAAGCCAUGCUUGUGGCGUGAGAAUGUAAUUCUUCCCCAUGCGUACUCGUUGGUGGGAGGCGCUCCGGCCAGGGUGGGCUGCGGCUCUGUGGAGGGCCCCUUCCCCCACCCCCCCCAGCUUCUCCACCUCCCUCCCCUUUGCAAGAAACGUAGCAGCCUCCGCCCACCGCCAGGAGGCACUGUGAGGAGGGCAGAUCAAUAAAGUCCCAUUCAUUUG